AGCGUAGAUAAAAAUUAAAUUCCUCAUGUGCGUGUGUAGGUAGAAUAGGUUCAAUCUAAAUUUUAUAAGUAAUUUGUAUAAUAAAGAAAGAUUUAACUUUGUUGAUACGUUAUUCUAUAUAUUUUGUGACAUCAACGGAUUGCGAAGAAAUACAGUCUGCAACAAAUUCCACCCAAGAUUACUGAGUUCACCUGAAUACAGAUCUGCGUCUAUCGCAAUAUGGCCGUCCUGUAAUGAUUCGGUGGUCAGUGAUAUUAUUGUGAUUUCAUCUCCUACGAACAAUCAGCAUGGAACUGCGAGUCGGUAACAAAUACCGACUGGGUCGUAAGAUCGGUUCGGGGUCUUUUGGAGAUAUAUACCUUGGCACCAAUAUUGUAACUAGAGAAGAGGUAGCUAUCAAAUUAGAAUGCAUCAAGACAAGGCAUCCACAACUACACAUAGAAAGCAAAUUUUACAAACUAAUGCAAGGAGGAAUUGGUAUUCCUGCUAUCAAAUGGUGUGGAUCAGAAGGCGAUUACAAUGUUAUGGUAAUGGAGCUGUUGGGCCCAUCUUUAGAAGACUUGUUUAACUUCUGCUCUCGCCGCUUCUCCCUCAAGACUGUUCUACUCCUAGCUGAUCAGCUGAUUACCCGUAUUGAAGACAUACAUUACAGGAAUUUCAUCCAUAGAGAUAUCAAACCAGAUAACUUUUUGAUGGGUUUAGGUAAAAAAGGGAAUUUAGUGUAUAUAAUAGAUUUCGGCUUAGCAAAGAAGUACAAAGACCCGCGCACUUUGCAGCAUAUUCCAUACAGAGAAAACAAGAACUUAACAGGUACCGCAAGGUAUGCAUCCAUCAACACUCACCUGGGCAUCGAGCAGUCGCGCCGCGACGACCUGGAGUCGCUGGGCUACGUGCUCAUGUACUUCAACCGCGGCAGUCUGCCCUGGCAGGGGCUCAAGGCCGCCACCAAGCGUCAGAAGUAUGAGAGAAUAUCCGAGAAGAAACUGUCCACGCCCUUUGACGAACUAUGUAAAAACCACCCGAUCGAGUUCCAGCUAUAUCUGAAGUACUGCCGACGGCUGCGCUUCGAGGAGCGGCCUGACUACAGCCACCUGCGGCAGCUGUUCCGCACGCUGUUCCACCGGCAGGGCUUCACCUACGACUAUGUGUUCGACUGGAAUAUGCUCAAGUUCGGAGGCCAACGCGGCAACUAUCAGGCUGCAGCCAAUGAUCGCACGCUUCGUCGUCAUGAACCAAAUCAAGAACAAGAAACAACGGCGGGCGCGGCGGGGCAGCCGAGCACGACGGUGGCCGCCAUCUCCGAGUGGCGGUGAGGGGUCCCGAGCGCCCCGCACCCGGUGCGCGCCGUGGAUCACGUGUUAGACUAACAUUUUGUAUGCGUUCACGUUGUAAUGUAAAUUAUUUAACUCGCGGGACCCCCCGAGUCUUUUAGUAUGAAAUUGACGACUUUUUCCGCGCGCGGAUUACGUUGCGUUCGAAAAUGCUUAUUGUUUGAUAAGUGGAGUGAAUUUGCUUUAUGUAUAUAAUGAAGAGUAUAGAAUAUCUCAAUUUGGUUAUAUAUCGGGUCUUUUGACGCUCUAUCAAAUUAUAGUAAAGAUGAAGGGGAAUGUAUUGUUUUACGUUUUUUCCUUAUUUCACAAUCUUAAAUUGUGCGUGAUUAACUUUUCUUUGUACGGAGACACAGUGUUCUGAAACGACAAUUUCAUACUUUUAGACGUGUUAUUUUAUGCUCAGUUGUAAUGUAGUAGAGGCGGUCGGAUCGCUCCGCGGGGUGCCGGGCCUCGAAGCGCGAGUGUGCGAUUGUGUUGCGACAUCUGCUCCUGCGCCGUCAGGAUGUGGAUGAUCUCCCGCCAAAUUUAACAUCCCCGACAGAAGGACCGAAUCCCGAAAGUAUUAUAGUGCAAUAUGAUAGGUCUGUCGCGCCCCCAAAUGACAAUUUUCAUUUUAUUUUAUUUAAUGAUCCGAGGGCAAACGUGAACCGAAAGCUUCGAUUUAAAUUACUUGUAGCACGCCUGAGAACUGUGCCCUGUUUAUCAAAAGCUUGUCACUUUUUGACAGCUUUUUGUUAAAAAGGGAUUUCCACUUGUAUUACAUGUUACAAGCUUUUGAUAAACGGGCCCCUGGCGAGUUAUGUGGUUGACUCUAGAAUGAUUUGAAGCGGUUGAAAUUUAUUUUGCUGUUAAGCAGUCUUCCAUGUUUAUUUAUUCAUGUCCUUUACUUUUAAUCUUCGCAUGAACUUCUAACAUACUAUUGUACUGUUUUUCUGGCCAGCUACAAAAAAUUAUUAGAGGUUCUUGAAAAAAAAAAUACAGCUAAUAAAGUGCAAAUCUAUUUUCCUUCAAACUACAUGUUUUUCUAAAUUCAAUGUGACUAUUCAUUGCCGUAGUGAAUUUUACUUGCGUUGGAUUCAUGUUUUAUGUUUGGUAGCAUGUCUAAAUUACCUACAACAACAACAUGACGAAUUUAAGAAACCACAGUGUUUCAAUUGCAGAACAAACACUUCAUGAUCUCAUCUUGAUUACCAAAUUGACGAUUUGUUCUUCGGUUGUUCUGACUCGUGAACUGGUUACCAAAUCUAUCUUUAAACUAGACAAUUAAUGAACGUACAAUAUGCUUAAACGCGUUGUGUUUAAGUAUAAAUAAUUGCUCCUUAAAAGUGGUUACACUUAUUUUUUUCGUUCCUAAUCACUUAAUUCUAUUCUAAUUCCCUUACAAUCUUGCGCAGAUUUUUAUCUCUGAUAUUUAAUGACACUCUCCAAAAUCGUAAAUGCAUAGACAAGAUCAAUUAGAAUGAUAGCUUUGAACUUGUACAUCUUUUAACGCAAUGUCAUCGUUCUUAUUGGAUACAACUGACCUGGUCUCUUGACGUCGCUGGCGAACAAAUAGUUAACUGUGUCAACAUUCAUCUCACUCCAUCUUACUUUCAAAAUCCUAAACCUCCUUUGUUUACUAUAAUCUUCUUCAAUUAACUACUGGAAGGCAAUUUGAUCAGAAUUUAUAUGCAGAAUCUUAAUAUAAAGUAUGUUGUGCAAUAUUAAUAUGGGUUUUGUUAAAUUUUCAUCAAGCAAGAGAUUCCGCUCACCGCCAAUAUAUGGAACGAAAUUUGUAAAUAUAUCAUAAGAACCGCGUGUAUAAACGAUGUUGUGCGCUCUCAGUAUGUUCAUGCGAUGGAUGUAUCAUUUUAAUCAUACUGAAAAGACGAGUGAACCGGAAUGGACCACACUUUUUUAUGUGACUGAGAAUUAGGUUCAAUUUUGUGUAAAUAUUAUAUUUAGACUUGUGUUGGGUUAAAAAAGUUUCAAGAUAUUAAGCGUUUAGUUUUUAAAUCAUUAUGUAUAGUGGAUAUCCUAAUGACGAGCACUUCGAGUCCUAACCCCUCCAAUGGUUUUACUUUGAACAGUAGUAUUUUGCACGUUUUGGCUGCAUAUAUAUUUUAGUUGACACGACAGGGUAUGUAUUGGCAUUUUUGAUUUAGGUAAACAGUCGGUGAAUGGGAGACACGUUGACGAGGUACCUAUCUGUCACUGCCAAAUAAAAACUCCAGUACUCGUAAUUGUGGGGGGCUGAUGAAAUAUUUUUGUCAGCCGUUGUGUACUGAUUCAUUGAAUGUAUUCCUGACGCUAAUUCUUUGGUACCCAUCUCACUGUUUUCGAACGGUACCAAAGUUUAACAUAACUCAAUGUUUUUCGUAGAUAUUUUGUAGUCGAGAAGUGCGUGAAUAAAUUAUCCAAAUAAGUUUUAUGAUAUUGUGUUACUAAUUCUUAUGUUAAUAUACUAGUUCAUGAUAUCUGUUGUCCAUUUUAUUAACAAGGGCGAUGCCGAAUGUACUGCGUAUGGAGAGUUGAUAGAAAAACUUGUAUAGUUCCUGUAUUUCACCAAGACGUUGACCCUAACUCUUAUUAUUAUGACGCUAAAGUCUAAUUUUGUUAAAGCGUGACGUCUUUGGUGAAAUACGAGAAGUAAUAAUAUUUCCAGUGACAUGACGGCGCCGCCGCACCCGCAUUAUGUAAGAGUGCGUUCCAACAGACGAAAGAUUUGGACUUAAUUUUGUAUAUAAUAAUAUAAGAAACUUAGAUAAGCUGACACACUGUUUUUUACAAUAUCUUAGGUAAUAGUGGUAAAUACAUAACUGUUGUAGCGAUAAUUAAUGCCUUCCAAAUUAUUUUGCUGUUAUUGUACACAUACCUUUGAUUGCGUCUAAUUCUGUGUAGUAGCCUGUUACGUGCUGCGUGUAAAUAUUAUUGAUUUAUAUUCGUUAUUGUAAUGAUCUGUCGAUCGCUUAUGCCCGCGAAUUGCAGCGCUCAGACAAAAUCGACCGCCGUUAAAUCAAUAUAAUUAUAACUGAGAAAAUAAGUCGUCUUGCAUCGUACAAGCAAUCCGACGGGCAAAAUGACUUAACUGUUUAUAUGUGUCACUCAUGUGAAACUUCACAUGGGUGCCGAUUUAACGACUUGUACUGUGCAAUCAUAUUACCUACAUUAUGUAACGACGACUUGAUACGACGCGAUUUAUCUAGUACUGACGCAUUUAGAUAACAAAAUAUAAACACAAACUUCUUAACAAAUUAUUUGAACUGAAUAUAUUCACUAUCUAAAACUAGUAACAACAAUUAUAUUUCUUCGAGUAUACCAGAGUGUUUCUUUAAUUUAUAUAUGAUAUGUAUGAUGUCGUGUAUUUUGUUCUUUAUAAAUACAUAAAUUAUGCUAGCCUGUAUAGCUUAGCAUAUGCAUUACAUAUACCUAUAUAAAUUGUUAUGCUUGCAUUGUUUCCAAUGUCCAGUAUGUAUUUAAUUCCUUUGGCACAAUAAACAGUAAAUAAUAAUAAA